AUGGAUAGAGCAUCCGAAGCGGCAGCUCGCGACCUGGCCGAGGUCAGGAAGCUCAUUGAAGGAAUGAGUGCUCUUCAACAACAGCAACAGCAACAGCAGCAGCAGCAACAACAACAACAACAAUCUUUGGCAGCAAGUACAGCUGCAACGUCUACGGCUACAACGACGACAUCGACAACUCUUCCCAAUGUGUCUGCACAACAAGGCCACGAUCAGAAUACAGCAGCUAUCAUGGCAGCAGCAGCAGCAGCGGCAGCAGCAGCUGCAGCGGCUAAUACCUCCACUGCCAAUCCUCCAUCGACUACUACUACUACUGCAUCCUCCACUUCCACUCCCAAUACAGCUGCUGCCAAUGCACCAGCAAAUACUGCUACCACUGGCAAUGAAAUGGCACCUGCUGCAGGGAUUGUUGUCCAAGUCGAGCAUUUACUUUUUAAUCGCACACUUUAUUUCCAGUUAUCAGCGGAUGCCACGAUUGAACCACUGGUUACUGGUUUGCGAUUGUCAUUCAACGAUAAUUCGAUAUCCGGAAUGGUGUUGCAGUAUAAAGGCUUUGAUGGAUUGUGGAAAUGUCUAUUGAAUAGCAAGUAUCAUGGUGGUUGGGUGGGGGGAAAUUGGGUUGUAUGCAACGUCCUAUUGACAGCAGGGUCUACUAAUGCAGGAGAUGACUCUUUACGACGCAUAUUACGGCAAGGUAUCAAGAGCCAAACUAUGCUGCAAAUGCGGGUGCCACGUGAGCAGGAUCUCCUGAGUUCUGGAUACACUGAUCGACGUCUAUUGGCAUUGACAAAGCCAGGCGCAUAG